AGUUCAAAAGAAUAUGUCACAAACCACGUGGCAUAAGAUAUGUGAAUCAUUUGCCAACGAAGAUUGGAAGCGUAAGUCCUUACGUAAUAAGGCGAAUAGAUCGAUGCUGAAGACCAAUCACACAUCCGGGUCUAGAUCUUUUAUUAGUCAUCGACAUAGUAAGAAGAGACAAACUGGGGUGGAACCUAAGGUAAUUGACUUUUAUAAGACCUCUCACACAAAGAAAGAUGGGUCAUUUGUGACUCCGCUGUGUGAAAAACGAUACAAUUUGAUGCAAGAAAUGUUGGUUGACGAAGAAGUUGUCUUAAAUGAAGAUGAAAUAUUUACACAAGUUCUUGGUGGGAAACGUUCUGGCCAUGUUAGAGGGAUGGGAAAAUAUGUCAUACCUACCCCAUCCUCUUCACAUUCACGAUAUGGCACCCAAGUCAACCUUGAGUUAAAGGAAACAAAGCUCGAAGUGACCAAGUUGUCAGAUCAAUUAUUGGAAAAAGAAAGAACAAGAGAUCAACAAAUAGAAGAAAUGCAAAAUGAGUCAAAUCGACGUAUCGAUGAGAUUCAAAAAGAAGCAAACCGACAUGUUGAGGAGAUUCAGAAAGAAUCAAAGCGCCAAUAUGAUCUUCUAUUGUCACGUAUUUUAGGAGCACAAGGUCAUAAUUUUGCUCAAUUUGAUGGGCAAGGUUAAAGAGAUUCGAUUCGAAAACUUCACGUCUUUUGUGCUAUAGAGUAUGGGGAAUCUACCACCGCCGACACUCUUGUGGCUUAUGUUAAAUUAUAGUUGCAUUAAUUAAAUUUUGGAUACACUUAAUGUUUUAUCAGAUUUUUGGAUGCACCAAAUGUUCUAGAUGUAAUUUGACGAGGAAGACUUAGUUUUUCAAUACUUAAUGUUUUAUCAUAUUUCGU